AUGGAGCCGCAGCGCUUAAAGCAGCUCUCAAUCUGCCAAAUCCUCAACUCCACCAUGAACCGUCCACGAAUCAUUGCAUCGAUCCAGUCGAUAGGCCGACGUGACGCCUUUGACGCCAAACGCUUUGAACCGCACGCGCCGGACGACUCGGUCACGGCCAUGGACGGUGACGGCUCUGGCUACAACACCCCUGGACACAGGCCCGGCCAUGUUGUGAACCCUCACGCUCAGGCUCAUGGAUCUUGUGACCGUUCCGAAGGCGUCUCCGACCCGGGAAGUCAAACCCGUCCCCGCAAAUUUGUGAUACAAAGCACCUUUGGUGUGCCGAGGGAGAGGAGAAGUCGAAAGAGCCGACCGUGCGAUGCAUGUCGCCGCCGCAAGACUGCUUGUAUCAUUACUACCGAGCCUCCAUGUGCCUUCUGUAAAAGCAGGGGAAUGAUAUGCCAGUCUACGUCGACGACGGACGGGCCGCUUUUGAGACUGCGAUCCGGCUCCGAAGGUGGCUCUUCGAAGCCUGCAGGCACGGAUCAUUCUUUCCCUGGGACUAGCCCUGGCGGUUCAGGAGAAUGGGAUGCGGCAGACACGUUGGCCAGCCCCAACACCACCAUCACCACCAAGUCUAGCCCUCGACCUAUUGCCUCGCCCUCUAGUGUGUCCGCUUCUGCACCCAGUGACUACUCUCCCCUCCCAGGCUACGAUGCAGGUUCCAGUAGCUACCCGUCACAUGCCGACCAUCGGGGUAGGCUGAAGUCUGACAUUGCAGGCAUCGCCACUGCGGGCAUGGAUAUUGUGCAACCUACACUCAACUCCCCGGAAUCGUCGUGUCUCAGUGGCGAGGGCUCAUUUCACACUCUGGAAGAUAAUCCCGGCAGAGCGACCUACUUUCUCGGUCGUACUGCGGAGCAGGAUCCUCUGGUUCUGGACGCCUUCAGUUAUGGUAUACUAAGUGAGACGGCAACCGUCGACGCCAAUGUAGUCCAGCUGCGCCGUGGCGGCUCGGAUGCCGACGACCUUCCACUCCAUUUCCUCUUCCUGUCUAUGGGCCACCCCAAGCACACCAACGAAACGAGGGAACAGGCAUCGGAUGCCAUCGAGACCAAGGUUUGGCCGCACGCCGAUGUUCUCGUCAGGCUGUACUUCAAGCAUGUGCACCCGGUUCUGCCAAUUGUUUCCAAGGUUCGCUUCCUUUGCCGCUACGCAAGUAACAGGAAGUCAAUACCGGGAUGUUUGCGCGGCGCGGUAUAUGCUCUCGCAUCUGUCUUCUGGGCAGAGGACCCCAACACUCGUCGAGGGGACCGAUUCCCCCUGGAGCAGCACGAGAUCGUCGAUCAAGCUCAUAGGGCGCUUCGCAGAGAAAUAGAAAACCCCAACUUCUUCGUUUUACAGGCUUGUUUGCUUUUGCUACAUAUCCAACCACCUCCCAUCGAUGCAAUGGAAGCGCCAUCGACGUUCACGUUGAGUGCGCAAGCCACUGCAUGUGCCCAACUCAUCGGUCUUCAUCAGGAUCCUAGCGAUUGGAAGUUGGAUAUAAUCGAGAAGAGGUUGAGGAAGAAACUCUGGUGGGCAACCGUUGUAACGGACUGCUGGGCAGCAGUUUCGCAUGGCAACCCCCACCAUAUCGGCGACACCUCCUACAACACGACUAUGCUCGAUAUAGAUGAUGUUCGCUGCGACGAGGAUGUACCCGAGGAAUUGCGACAUCUCGUGGACAGCUCGAGUUGGUCCUUUGAUGUCGCGUCAGGUGCCCGAUUCCUGGAAACGGUAAAAAUCACCUGUUUGCUGCGAAAAGUCAUUGAUGGCAACUUUCAGGUGGACAUGAAAAUGCUAGAUCUGCAUCAGCGUAUAGCGUCGCGGAACCAACUCGCUGAUAUACAUGAUAAAUUGAAGGACUGGCCUAGACUGAUUCCCUCUUGCUUGGUUGUGCCUCGGAACAGGGAUCCCGCCAUUUCCUGCUACAACUGUCCGCUUCACCUGACUUUUUAUGCUACCCAGGUCCUGCUUUAUCGUGCUCUGAUGCAUCCUGCUACCAAAGCCGCGAAAUCAGAUCCCAACUCGAAUCUGAGACGUUGGUUUCCGUCUGCGAUUGCCGACUUUGCGUGGUUCACAGACUUUUUCGUCAGCAUCAACCCUGGUGACCUGAGAGGUUUUUGGGGCCGCCGUAAGUAA